CGCUGGGCCACAGCUCCGUCAGCCAAUCACGCAUCAGACGGAUGUACAUUUAAAGAAAACUCGGGUGGAGGCUGCAGAGGCAGAGAAGACGCACGGCGGGGAGGAGCAGCAGAAACAGAAGCAGAAGCAGAAGCGGAUCGGUGUGUCGGUGUUCUCGAUCAAGCUGCUGGUCUGCAGGUCUCUCUCGUGCACUGGUCACACCUUAAUGGCUUAAACCGAUCCGGGCUAUUUCCAUCCGUGGAGAUUUCUGGAGAUUUGAGGCUGAGCACGAGCUGGAAAUGAAGUUUCUUGGCUUUCUCGUGCUAAUGCUGUGCCACUCGUCUCGGGCUUUUCCUGCUCCAGUGGAUACUGUCAUAGUCCAGGCCCAGCAGUGGGGAGUGGUGGGUGCUCAGAGGGUCGAGGAACAGGUUCUUCUCAAUGGAGUCUCACUGCCCGGCACAAGCCAGGAAUUCAACAAUAUAAAGGAAACCAUUUCGACCGAUGCAUUCCUCUUUGCUCUCAUCAGUGUCAACCAGACUUCAGUGCUCAUGAACCACACUGUUCUGCGCUCUCGUGAAUGCAUACUGGAGGGUACUGAGCUGCACUGGACGGACCGCGUGUUCUAUGAUGGGAAGGUCUAUCUUACUCUGGACCACUCGGACACGUGGACGGCCCAUGCUCCACAAGCACUGGCCAUCAAAGUGUUGUGGGACCAGGAGGAGGAGCACACACGGGCAGAGAGGAUCCGCCUUCAGGAUGGAUGCAUCAGGCUCAUGAGGGAGCUGAAGCUCUCUGGGGAACAGUCGGGUGCAGAGAUUCCCUUGCCUCAGGUUCUGAUCCCCAUCCUGGCACUGCUGGCAUUUACAGGCUUUAUCCUGAUCAGCCUCCUCCUCUCCAAAAACAAAGGUUUGAGGCACCCUGGAGGGGUUGUUGGCUCUCUCAUACAUUACCCCAAGGACAUGACUGAGAAGAGUCCAGAGAAGAAAGGCAAUGGUUACCGUACCUUGUGAUGCAAAGCUCCAGCUAAAUGUCGGACUUGGGUUUGAGCUCUCUCCUCUGUGUCUACUGUUGAAUGUCAACUUCAUGAUUUAACCUUAAAUAUGUUUCUUCUCUCUGUGAUGACACUGUUGCUAAAUGAAUCGAAACAUUCCUUUGCUAUAGAGCACCAACCACAUACUGUGACGAACCAGUCUGCAUUUCAAACAUUAGUAUAUGCACUUUAUCUUGCAUGUAUCACACUUUACACUGCUGUUUCUAUCCUGUGUAUCUUUCAAAUGUAUGCAUUCACCCACAAAAAUGUAAGAAUGUUCACUGCCAACAGCAAUCUACAAACUUCUCUUUGCUCACUUAACCUCUGAAAAACAUUGGAUGGAAGGACUCUGUGUAUUUUCCAAAGAGGCUGACUUAGCCAGGUGUUUGAUUUAAAAACAAACAAACAAACAAAUCGAAACUAAUGGUUCAAUGUAUGAGUGCUGUUGCAAUUGUCAAUAAUGUUUCUUAUGUGUGUACAUUUACAGAAAUUUAAAUUAAAGAUGCUUUUAUUCCAGGUUUAUUUGAUAUGAUCCCUUUUUUUUUUUUAGUAUGACAUGAAAAAAACGAUUAUUCACAAUAGUUUUGAAAAUUAUUAUUUUCGCUGAUUGUAUCUAAGGAAGUUUCUUAUCCCACCGGCAUGAAUAUAUUGUGUGUCGACAUUGAUGUGAGAUCCUGUUGAAAAAUCUACCUUUAAUCCAAGCUGUAACACUUAAUAUAAACAUUAGUGUGUGCUUACUCAGGGUAUUUCUACACUGGUUUCAUGAUGGAUUUCAAAUGUUGUUUUUGAAUGUUAAUAAUUAUUCCCCCGUUUCUCAAGAAGUGAGACAUUUUAAAAACAAGCCAUCUCACCUGCCCUACAUUAUGCGGCUGCUUUCCUGGCACACAUUUCCUUUCAAGAGAGCACCCCAAUAACGUUUAGCCAUAGCCUGAGUGCAGUUUAACAUUAAAGCUGCUGACAGGCCAGAGUCACCAUGUCAUUAAUUCCGUUGUGCUGCUCUGAAGAUGUGACCAACAAAGUGUUUAUUUUAGAGCAAUUCAAUUUACUUCUGCACCAA